CGUUAGCUUAACGGAAGCAGGUCCGCGAAUCCGGCCGGGGGUAUGGAAAACUAUCAGAAAAUCGAAAAGAUUGGCGAGGGCACGUACGGGGUCGUGUACAAGGCGCGCAACAAGAUUACCGGCGAGAUAGUGGCGUUGAAGAAGAUUCGCCUCGAAACGGAAGACGAGGGCAUCCCGUCGACCGCGGUCCGGGAAAUCUCGCUGCUAAAGGAGCUGUCCCACCCGAACGUGGUGACCCUGAAGGACGUGCUGAUGGAGGAGAACCGGCUGUACCUGGUGUUUGAGUUCCUGUCGAUGGACCUGAAGAAGUACAUGGACAGCAUGCCGGCGGAGAAGCUGAUGGAUCCGGAGCUGGUCAAGAGCUACAUGUACCAGAUCACGGCCGCGAUGCUGUUCUGCCACAAGCGGCGCGUGCUGCACCGCGACCUGAAGCCCCAGAAUCUGCUCAUCAACAAGGAGGGCGUCAUCAAGGUGGCCGACUUCGGGCUGGGCCGCUCGUACGGCAUCCCGGUGCGCCACUACACGCACGAGAUCGUGACGCUGUGGUACCGGGCGCCGGAGGUGCUGCUCGGGUCGCAGCGCUACGCGUGCGCCGUCGACAUCUGGUCGAUCGGGUGCAUCUUCGCGGAGAUGGCCACCCGGAAGCCGCUGUUCCAGGGCGACUCGGAGAUCGAUCAGCUGUUCCGGAUGUUCCGCAUUUUGCGCACCCCGACGGAGGACAUCUGGCCCGGGGUGACCUCGCUGCCGGACUACAAGCCGACGUUCCCGUGCUGGACGCAGAACAACCUGGCCAACCAGGUGUCCAACCUCGACUCGGCCGGCAUCGAUCUGCUCCAGAAGUGCCUCGUGUACGAUCCGACGCUACGCAUCUCGGCCAAGAAGAUCCUCGAGCACAAAUACUUCGAUGGGUUCGAGCGAAUCAUUCCGACCGAGUAAUGGUGGUGGCCACUGUGCUGCGCCGCCCCCCGGCAUAGCUCUACCUCUAGCAUAUUUAUGUAAUUUCUCCCUUCUCUAUAAUCUCUAUAAAACCCGAGGGCUAUCGAAGGUCCCAAUAUCUCAAUGUAAAAAUUUACCCAAAACAAAAGGUUUCGGUGUCUCGUUUGGCGAC